UUAACCGGGUGCCGUGAUCGUCACCCAUGGCCAACAAGGUCGCCGUCGCCAGCGUCAUCGCCGCGGUGGGCAUCGUGGCCGUGAUCGGCACCAUCGCCGCGGUGACCAGCGCCAAGAAAGCGGGCAACAACCACGGCGGCAUGUCCGCCAGCGUGAAGCUCUCCACGGUGUGCGCCUCCACGCUGUACCCGCAGAAGUGCGAGCAGAGCCUCAAGCCCAUCGUCAACGACACCUCCAAUCCGGAGGACGUCCUCCGGGCCGCGUUCAAAGUGGCGCUGGACGAGGUCGCCGCCGCCUUCCAGCGGUCGGUGCACAUCGGCAAGGACGCCCAGGACAACCUCACCAGGAACGCCAUGGACGAGUGCAAGAAGCUCCUGGACGACGCCACCGAGGACCUGAGGGGCAUGGCGAGGCUCAAGCCCGCGGACGUGGUGCGCCACGUCAAGGACCUCCGGGUCUGGGUCUCCGGCGUCAUGACCUACGUCUACACCUGCGCCGACGGGUUCGAGAAGCCCGAGCUCAAGGAGGCCAUGGACAAGAUGCUGCAGAACUCCACCGAACUCAGCAGCAACGCGCUCGCCAUCCUCACACGCCUCGGCGAGCUCCUGCCGCAGGAAGCCAAAGCUCUGAACGCCACCCUGCCGGGUGCGGGGCACGGCCGCCGGCUUCUUGGCUGGCAGAUGGGCGAGGCCGAGGAGGUGACCAGCGGCGGCCGCGGGCUUCCGGCCGUCAAUGACAAGUUAGGCGAGAUCGCGGACGUAGCGAACGCAAACCUGAAGCUCCUGUCCGAUCACGCUGCCCUCAGGGGGAGGGGGGUACUGACCACGGGCCUCGUCGGCACGUUCGACGAGAUCCAAUACGGGCGGAGCGGGGUGCCGCCCAGCGACUUCCCCAAGUGGAUGCCGGCCAGCCAGCGGAGGCUCCUGCAGCUGCCCGGCUUUCAGAGGCCCAACAAGGUGGUCGCCCAGGACGGGAGCGGCGACUUCAAGACCAUCACCGAGGCCAUCGCCGCCAUGCCCAAGACCUUCGAGGGGCGCUUCGUCAUCUACGUGAAGGCCGGCACGUACAAGGAGUACGUCACCGUGCCCAAGGACAUGGUCAACAUCUUCAUGUACGGCGACGGGCCGACGCGGACGGUGGUCACCGGCGACAAGAGCAACACAGGCGGCUUCGCCACCAUCGCCACACGCACCUUCUCUGCCGAGGGCAACGGAUUCAUCUGCAAGUCGAUGGGGUUCGCCAACACGGCGGGGCCGGAGGGGCACCAGGCGGUGGCGAUGCACGUGCAGGGCGACAUGUCGGUGUUCUUCAACUGCCGGUUCGAGGGGUACCAGGACACGCUGUACGUGCACGCCAACCGGCAGUUCUUCCGCAACUGCGAGGUGCUGGGCACCGUGGACUUCGUCUUCGGCAACUCGGCGGCGCUGCUCCAGAACUGCCUCCUGACGGUGCGCAAGCCCGGGGAAAGCCAGUCCAACAUGGUGACGGCGCAGGGGCGGACGGACCCCAACAUGCCCACGGGCAUCGUGCUCCAGGGCUGCCGCAUCGUGCCGGAGCAGGCGCUCUUCCCCGUCCGCCUCCAGAUCCCUAGCUACCUCGGCCGGCCGUGGAAGGAGUACGCGAGGACGGUGGUGAUGGAGAGCACCAUCGGCGACCUCAUCAGGCCGGAAGGGUGGGCGGAGUGGAUGGGCGACCUGGGGCUCAAGACGCUCUACUACGCCGAGUACGCCAACAUCGGCCCGGGCGCCGGCACAAGCAAGAGAGUCAGCUGGCCAGGCUACCGCGUCAUCGGACAGGCCGAGGCCACGCACUUCACCGCCGGCGUCUUCAUCGACGGCAUGACGUGGCUACAGAGCACCGGCACGCCAAACGUCAUGGGCUUCACCAGAUGAUCGGGGUUUUUCUUUCUGCAGUGAUUUUUUGAGGGCAGUAGUGUGUCGCAUGCAUGCAGCAAGCUUUUAGGUUCGUCAGAGAACGGCUAGCCUUUUUUUUUUGUUAUAGCUGUAGGGUGAUUAAUCACAAUUGGUCUAAACAAAUUAAUCAUGAUUAAUCCGAUGAUUUGAAAACAGUGUCAGGAAGCUCCUGUGCACGCAUGCACGGUGAAUAGGGUGAUCUAUGUUGUUACUGUGUAUACGCAAGCUCGAGAGAAAUAAAGUAUCAGUCAGAUGAGAGCGUGAGAGAAAGGCAGCUUAAUAAAGAACUAAUUAAGCAAGUUCAGGAUGA